UUUCUUUCGCGAUAGUAGUGGGAGAAGGUGCAGAAACGUGUUUAUAUCGACAUAGAACGUGUAAAAGCCCGUCACACGAGUUAUGAUUUUUUCGCGUUGAAACUUGGCAAAAUUUCAACAACAAAUAUUUUUUUUAUCGGCGAAGAGUUUUUUUUUAUUAUUUUGAAUGAACUGUCAAUGAAAGAAAAAUGUUUGUUUGUGCUGUAGUAAAAUUCAAACCUAUGGUCAUUUAAUAACACAGUCAACGCAGGGAUUCGAGUUGAUUUUCACGUUGAAUUUUCUUCGCGUGGAACGAGGGCUCCCAAGAUGAGCCUGAGUAUGAAGCGGAAGAACGAUGGCAGCAUUGAUAAUGACGAUGAAUUCGUGUGGCAAGACUACUUGGAUGCUACCAAAACAACCGAAGUUCCCCAGAUCAAUUUUCCUCACGUUGAAUUGACUCUGCAGAAUGGCAUCGAGAUUGGAAUGUCCUUGGAGGUUCCCACUUCCAAGGGCGACAAGCGAAAUACUUCUUAUUGGAUUGCAACGAUUGUUAUGGCCUGUGGACCUCUUCUGAGGCUCAGGUACUUUGGUGGUGAUGAUAGAUCACUGGAGUUCUGGUUUAAUCUUACUAAAGAGGCCGCACAUGAGUUGGGAUGGUCUUCCAAGAAUAACAGGAGAUUGGAACCCCCUGAUGCUGUGAUUCAGAGAUCACCAGAUUGUUUAGAGAUAUUACCAGAAUUUUUGAUGACAGCAAAUUCCGUUCCAUCUGAAUUCUUAAGUGGAGAAGGACUGAGCAUGGUUGAGAAAAUAAAAAAGGAUAUGAAGAUUGAACUCGGCGACUUUGAGCAUCCCUACAAACUCUGGGUAGCAACAAUUCUAGAAAAUAUUGGAGGAAGGCUGUUACUUCGCUACGACAGCCCCAGCAGUCAUACCAAAGAAUUCUGGAUUUUCUGCACCUCAGAGUUACUUCACCAUUACGGAUUUACUGCUAGAUCUAAUUCCAAAUGGUUCUUAGAACCCCCGAGAUCCAUUGUCCAGUCUCACUCUUACGAAGAAUGGAAGGAAGUGAUAGAAUCCUCUCAAAAAAUGUCUCAACCUCCGGAAAAUAUUCUCAUGGAGCCUCCUUCUCAUCCAAAGCAUCAAUUCACCCAGGGACUGAAGCUGGAAGCUCUUUCUCCUAUAGACAGAACCUGCAUAUAUCCCGCGACUGUAGUAAAAGUUUACGACGACACCUAUUUCCUCGUUAACAUCGACAACAUGGACAACAUGACUCCAGACAUAGAUUCGGUAAAGUACGAGAACGAGGAAAAAACGAGUUGGCUUUGUACCUCUACCCAUCCCUAUAUCUUCCCCAUCAACUGGGCAAAGCGGCAUAAUAUCAAAUUGUCACCUCCAAAAAACUGGAAAUCAAAUCCCGAGGAUUUUGAUUGGAAACAGUAUCUGAAAGAAACGGAAUCAGAAGCUGCUCGAGCUGAUCUAUUUCCUCAUCGUCAGUCUGCUAUUGACGCAGGUUUUGAGGAAGGAAUGAGAUUGGAGGCAGUGGAUCCGAGGAACGAGAAUGUCAUCUGUGCAGCUCACAUUACGAAAAUUAUUGAGGAUCUACUGUUUCUCUCUUUGGAUAAUUAUGACUGUCGAGUGGAUCACAUGGUGCAUAUGCACUCCCUUGAUAUAUUUCCUGUUGGUUGGUGUGAGUCCAAUCAUUAUCCUCUGAAGCCUCCACGAGAUUACCUGGAGAUGUGCAAAAAACUGGGAAAAUCUGACAAGGGAGAGAUAAAAAAACCGUUAUUAGAUAUACCAAUUUCUGAGCCCAGAUCGUCGCUCUGGUGUCCAAAGAUUUAUUUCAAUUAUCGAUGUUGUACGGGGCCGAUGAUAUCAAAGGGGAAGUUGGCGACACUCCCUAAAGCUGUUGGUCCUGGCCCAGUGAUUCUAGUUAUGAGGGAAGUUCUGUCUAUGAUUGUUUCUGUGGGCUACAGGAGUGCUAGGAUUCUUAAGGUUCUUCAGUGUGAUACAAAACCUGCUCCUGGAUAUCAUCUAGAAGUCCUCAAGGCCAAACACAAAAAUAAUACCUACCGAGCUAAUGUUGCAGUGGUGACUUCGGGGGAAAUGGUCGCCGAUUUCUGUAAAAGUAUUUGUAAGAAGCUGAUGGUCUGUCAAAAUUUGUUUGGACCUCAGGAGGUUGAGGUGGAUUGUCCUGAUAAAUGUAACAGGAUGACGAAGAACAAGUAUGUGGCUAUUCCGAGUGGUAAGAGGGGCAAACCAAAGGGAUAUGAAAGCAUUCUUGUGCAAAAACCAAAACCCUGGGGAAAGAAGAAACGUAGAAGACGAGGACGAUGGGCUAUUAAGGAUAAGGAGGGAUCUGAUAAUGGGGAGAGGGAAGAGGAGAUCAAUUACUUAGCUUUAGAUCUGGAGAGGACUCAUUCAGAGGAAGUCGAAGAGAGUGUUAACGAUAGGCCACCGCUAUCGGAGAUUGAUGUUAUGAUUCAGAAGAGGGAAGAAGGAAAGGAAGAAUUUAGAAAAAAUGAGGUGGGGUCAAGUAAUGCUUCAGAGGACUCCAGGAGUUCGUUCAACGAGAGGAAGGAAAAGGAGAUUUUUAUGGACAGCCCGGAUAGUUUUAAUGGGAUGAGUACUAGCGAUAAAUUAGGCAAAAUUGAUAAUAGGAAAGGAAGAAAGAGAGACGAAGAGCAAGAAAAAGAGAGAGAUAGAGACAUUGACUUCGAAGACGAUGGAGAAUCUGAAGGUUCCGAGGAUGAUGCCGAGUACAUCCAAAGACAGAAGAAACAGAGAAGACCCAAGACAAGGAAGCUCGAUAGCAAUCCCCUAUUUUGGACUGUUGACGACGUCUUCAGGUAUCUGAAGAAAACGAAUGAUUGCAAAGACAUUGCGUUUCGAGUUAAACAAGAGGAGAUCGAUGGUCUUGCAUUUUUACUACUCAACCUGCCAUCACUGACUCAACACAUGAAAUUGCGAACGAGUCUAGCAAUGAAACUAUGUAGACACGUGGAGCAAGUCAAAGUGACAUUUUUUUUACGACACAUUAGUGAAUUUGAAAAUGAAUAAAGGAAUAUGAAAAUAGUAGUAAAAAAUAAAUAACUAAUAAACUUUAUGAGAUGAUCUUUAAGCAUCUGAAUGACAUGAUUCACGUGAAGAAGCUCGGAAUAAAAUUGCAUAAAGAGUCAGCAAGUUUAUAACAACGCUUCAAAGUUCCUUGUUUCAACAGACAAAAAUAGAACAAUAAGUUGUAGCAUGAGAACUCAAAAGAACAUAUUUUCGAUCCAUGUUCAUGUAAUGUUAUUAUUAAUCAAUAAAUUAAUUCGUCCGAAAGAAA